UUUUUUUUUUUUUCCCUUUUCUGAAAAAAGUAUAAGUAACCAUGGAAACUUGAAUGGUUUUGAAACGCCUUCUCUCAUUUUUACUGUCACUUUUCCUGCUACCUUUCCCUUGUUAAUCCCUACUUCUUUUUGAAGUGUGUUCCCUCCCUUGAUCCUUCCCUUCCCAUUCAUUUGCUAUUCUUCUUUUAUAUUUUUAUUUCACUUUUUUUUUUUGGCAUUGUCUGCAACUUUUAACCUACUUCCACCCGUUUUCUCUUUUCUAAUCAACUCAAGUAUCAAUGUUAUUCAAAUCUGUAUAUCGUUUCAAAGUUCGCAUUCAGGAUCGAGCCAUCGCCUUUCCUUUACACUUAUGUUCCUAUAAAGACAAGGCCCCGUUGUUCGAUCAAUUGGUUGAUAAAAUUAAUAAUGUUGUCAAGGAUGUCAACAUGAACGAUUAUUAUAUUACGGACGAUCGUAAACGCAGCCUAUUACACGAUGAUAAUACACUGUGGGAUGCUUUGAGGUUGGUGUCUGACCACCAAAUUCUUGAAAUUGUUCUAUGCCGCAAACAGCCACCCACACCUUGUCCGCAGCGAUCAUCAGUUCCGGUCAUUAAACCGACCGUGCUCCGAUGGACCCCACCUGUGCGUCGCUACAGUGCAGAUAACGAUUACGAAAAGACGGAAGAGGAACAGUAUGCGAUUCGAAAGGACUCGGGUAUUUCCCUCACCGACGAUGAAGAGCCACGCAAAAAGCAACGCAUCCUUUCCGAUGCCACUCGAAAACUGCCGGAAUUGCAUCCUUCCCAUCGGCCUAGAGAAGGCAUUCACCCCCUGGAUAGUCGAAGAGCUUCCGUAAUUUCCAACAGCUCAACAUCCAAUCCCAUUACCAUCACAUUACCGGCCAUCUCGUCCAUCACCUCCACAACUGAACCUAUCGAUUCCCAUUUAGCUCCCAUUCAGUCGCGCAGCUCUCCUUGUCCAUCUUUCUCAGGUUUACCAUCGACCAACCAUGGAUCACGCAAACAAUCGUUGGCUCCCAUGCGCACCUCCUUAUCCAUUGUCGUCCCUACUACCACUACUCACAGCUUAAUUACUUGCAGCCGAACACCUAAUUCACUUCCUGUCAUCAAGACGGCUUCACCGUCGUCCUCGUCGUCUUCUUCGCGAACGUCGUCCUCGUCCACUACUCUUUCCGGUCAAUUUUUAUGCGAACAUGUCGUGGAUCGAGCCACAGGAAGAAUUUGCGGUCAGACAUUCCGUCGUUCCUACGACUUGUCGAGACAUCAAACCAUCCAUCUAAAGAACAGACCCUUUUGCUAUUGCAGCCAAUGCGGCAAAAAGUUUACGAGAAUGGAUGCAUUGCGACGACACGAACGGGUGCAGGGACAUGCACCUAAACAACCGCAUCUUUCAUCUCAGCGACCUUCAGCGUCUCUUUAUAAUGCUUCACUUUUGAAUUGUACGACGACUCAGCAAACUCGGGUCUAAUGCCUGUAUUUCGUGCUAUUAUUUUUGAUCUGUUUUCCUUUUCUUUAUUAACUCAUUAACUUUUAUUUUUUGGUCCGUAUUCGUAUUCUGCUUUUUUUUUUUCCAUCUGUUUUUGUGUGAAUAUGCUGUUUUGUCUACUUACCCUUUUUUUUUCAUCGUGAUUGUUCAUUGAACGUUGAUCUUUCAAGUCCAAUUGCCCUUCAUCUUUAAUACAAAAAAAAAUAUUUCUCAUCUCCACUAAUCAUAAAAACCGG